AAAUCAUAUGGAGGCCUCAAAACAAAACCCCUGAUUGAAAAAUAAAUAAAUAAAUACUGUUAUGAAAUUCCGUACCGAAAACCCUUGUCCGUACCAAAAACCCUGUUUUGAAUUCCGUACCAAAAACCCUGUUUUGAAGUUGAACUAAACCAUUUCCUUGUUCUGAUCAACCCCUCUCUCUCUCUCUCUCUGUUGGCACGAACGAAGUUUCCUCUGUUCAUCAUCCAUAGACGAAGAAGAUCAACCAUCUCUCUGUCUCUUCAUCCAAUUUCUUUGCUGCAAUGGAUGCCUCAAGCUCAAGCGCCAAUGUGGACCAAGGGCCAUAUCCAUACCCUUCUCAUGUAAAUCCCGCCUCCUUCAUGUCUGUAAAGUUGUCCGGUAUGCGUAAUUAUCAUCAAUGGAAGGCUCAGAUGGAGUGCCUGUUGGAUUCCCAUGAUCUGCUUGGUUUUGUCGACGGCACAGUAAAAGAACCCCAAGAAGAUGAUACUUCAAAAGGGAACGUUGCUGAUUUUAAGGCCAAGCAUAGGGAAUGGCAAAGGUCAGAUCUGCUAGUGAGAGGAUGGAUCUUUGGAUCAGUGAGUGAAGAUGUGAUGAGGAGUAUUGACAGUUAUCUAACAGCCAAGGAUAUUUGGGAUUUUCUUAUGAUUGAUUACGGCAUGCCCGUCGAUCGAUUGACGGCGUACGAAGCCAUCAGAGCGUGCAAAGAAUAUAUUGGGCUCACCCACGUCACUGGCUGCCGCAAUCCCUUCAAGGGAAUAGACGCUCAUCGGCUACUCGCUAGUACAAUCAAGGCAGAGUGUUAUGACUUUGCAUAUGACUUGCUGAAGGACUGCUACCAUCAACUGGAUACAGUAGAUCCAGUUAGUUUGUGGAGGUCAGUGUAUAAUCUUGCGGAAAAGCCUGAUGCAUUUCGGAGUGCCAAACGAUACAACUGCUACCAAAGAUUUGUUUAUUCUCGUGUGUCUGUAGAGAAUUGCAGCUUAAGCAAUACACCUAAGAAUCCGGAUAUUGAGAACCAAGAGAAAUGCAGGACCAAUCUUGUCGGCUGGAAGAGCUACGUCUGCCGUGUUAUGGAGAGGAUUUGCGCCAAAUUUUGGGAAUUUGCAGUACUACAUGUUCCGCAUAUCAAGUCCAUCCAUGAGGAAAAAAUGAAACAUAACAAGGUUCUUACCAUACUGAAGUUUUGCUGUGAGAAAAAUGGUAAAAUACGGAAUAUACGAGAUGGAUUUGAAGACGCACUCAUUCUUGCAGUGAAGAAUGAUAUCCCUGAGGUCAUAGAGCAAAUCACCCGAUUUUUUCCAUUAUGGAUCUGGAACAGGGAUGGUAGACGUACACUCUACCAACUUUCCAUAAGUAACCGAUGUGAAAAAUCUUACAACUUUUUGGUGUAUGAGAAGACCUAUCACAAGGAUCUGCAUCAUCAUGAAAAUCAUUUCUUUGAAGACGAAGACAAAAACCUUUUGUAUGUGGCUGCAAAAUUGGUACCUGACGACAAACUCAACAAGGUUACUGGUGCAGCGUUACAAAUGCAAAGGGAGCUACAAUGGUUUAAGGAAAUAAGCAAAAUAGUGCCUCCCAGACAGAUGAAAUCCCGCAACAGAGAAAACAACACACCAAUGAUGGUGUUUAAAAAAGAACAUAGAGAUUUAAGACAAAAGGGGGAAGAUUGGAUGAAGCAAACAGCCGGCUCAUACAUAAUCACAGCUGCCCUUAUCAUUAUAAUGGUUUUUCCGACGAUCAUUACUGUGCCUGGAGGGAACAAUGGGGAGACUCGGAGGGCAAUUUAUAAAGACAAGAUGAGCUUUAUGAUAUAUUGUUACUCAGUUUGGAUCUCGUUUUUCACAUCCAACACCUCCUUGCUGUUGUUUCUUUCCCUCCUCACAGAACGUUAUGCAGAUGAGGACUUUCUCAAAAGAUUACCUAAGAGAUUAAUCUUUGGGCUUGUCACGCUAUUCAUGUCUGUCACAACCAUGGUGAUAGCCUACAGUGCAGCAUUUUAUAUCAUGUCUGUGUUUGAGCAUGAGAAGUCGACGUUGAGGCAGCUGGUCCCGAUUUGCCUAAUGACAAGCCUACCGAUUGCUUCGUUUGUGACACUGCAGUUGCCAUUGCUUGUUGAUCUUAUCUCGUCAACAUAUGGUCGUGGAAUCUUUGGGAACCAAAGGGAGCUUAGGAAAACAACAUAGGAGAUAGCUACUUUUUUCUUUUUCUUUUGGGAUACUUUGUUUGGUUGGAUUUAUCAUUUAUGUACAUAAUUAAUUAGCUAUCAUGUAUCAGCAAGUAGGCUUAGGCUGGAUUAUCCCCUCUAUACAUAUUUUAUAUAUAUUCACUUUAUCUGCAA